GCUUAUAUAAAGAAGACGUCUAUCACAACUUACACCUCCCCUCCUCUCUUUUCCCACCAAAUAUCUUCUACUUGUGUGUUCACAUAGAAAAAAAUGGAUGGUCACACAGCUAAAGACAUUGGUAUGAAGAAAAGUGCUUCCGAGUUGGCUCUACAAGAGUUACUCACUAAGUUGUUGUCUAGACAAGAAUCUAUUCUUGACACAAGCCCUCUAGACCCUUCUUUUGAUCUAAUGAACUGGGAUUACACAUGUGAGUUAAGAGAUAGUCUUUUGAAGUCUGAGAUCUUGACUCCAGCUGGACUUUUUAUUGAUGCACAGUCCUCAAUCUGUGAGAAUCUGUCAGCUGAUAGUCCAGUGUCAGCCAAUAAACCUGAGGCAAAAAGAGCGGCUCGCGGAACCGUGAGUGUAUAUACUGAUGAUCACUCUGAUGAAGAAGAUGCAGAGACAGAAGCUAGCCAGUCUGAAAUGACUAAUGAUCCCAAUGAUGUAAAACGUAUUAGAAGGAUGUACUCAAACAGAAUAUCAGCAAGACGUUCAAGGCAAAGGAAGCAAGAGCAGUUGGCAGAUCUUGAAUCUCAGGUUGAUUCAUUGAAAGGAGUGAACUCAACACUCUACAAGCAGCUCAUAGACGCAACACAACAGUUUCGUAGUGCUGGAACAAAUAACAGAGUUCUCAAAUCAGAUGUUGAGACUCUGAGAGUCAAGGUGAAACUAGCAGAAGAUUUGAUAGCUAGAGGUUCCCUCACUAGCAGCUUGAAUCAACUUUUACAAACUCAUCUAAGUCCACCACAACAUUCCAUCAACAGUCUGCACUACACAGGAAAUAACACCUCACCGGCCAUUACAGUCCAUAGUGACCAAUCUCUGUUCCCUGGAAUCACCAUCUCUGGACAGAACUCGAGCCCUGGACUUGGUAAUGUAUCCAGCGAAGCUGUUAGCUGCGUCUCAGAUAUCUGGCCAUAAGUGUCUCUUUAUUCAUAAUAUGUAAUGAUCAUUCUGAAAAUUUCAUGUAUGUGUUUCACUAUAGAAUUAGAAACAUAUAAAUGAAAUCUACGUUUGGUUAAUUAAACUCAAGUUUCGUUUACAAGA